AUGCAGAGGCUCAGAGAAAGUUUACAGUGUUUUGAGUUUCCAAAAUCUGUGCUUGAUGAUUUUGAUAAGUUACAGAGGGACUUUUGGUGGAAUAAGGACAAUCCAAAAAAAGCAUUUUACCCUAAAGCUUGGGAUAAUAUUAGAGCUUCUAAAGUUGCUGGAGGUAUUGGGAUUAGAGAUCCCUAUAAGGUUAAUAUAUCCCUCCUAGCUAAAUUAGCUUGGAGAUUGUUGAAAAAUCCAGAAGAUUUAUGGGUCAAGAUUCUUAGGGGGAAAUAUUUCCCAAGAACACACCCUUUUCAUAAGAAAAAAGAUUAUGAAAUUUCUUGGAUUUGGCAUAAUAUUAGGUUGGGUCUGCAAGUCAUUAAGGAUAAUAGUAUAUGGCAAGUAGGAUAUGGUAGAAAUAUACAUGUUUCGUCGGAUAAUUGGAUUCCUGGGAUGGGACGAUUAACCAAUUGGCGGCAUGAUGAUAUACAAUUUGUGUCUGAUCUUAUUGAAGCUGAUGGUGGAUGGAAUAUGGAUCUAAUUGAUUCUACUUUACAACCUGAAAUAGACAAUAAAAUUAAAUCUAUUAGCCUCACAAAAAACUCCCAUGAUUCGUUAAUGUGGUUGGGUAAUAGAAAUGGAAAAUUUACUACUAAAUCUGCGUAA